UGAUGAUGGUCUCUUUGUGUUCGAUUGCAUCAAUGCGGAGAAGCCCACCUUGGGAAAUCAAGGGCAAGAUGGAAAACAGACAGAUAAAGGAAGUGAUGACAUCCUAGCUUUUGCUUUCUCCCCAUCAGGAGAUUAUUUUGCCUUAACAGAUGACAAUAAACGUCUGAUUCUGUUCCGUACGAAGCCUUCCUGGGAAUGUGUUAGCAUCAGGUGCGUGACCAGGAGAUGUACUUCCCUGAUUAUUACAGCUGCAGAGGAUAAGAUUCUGGUUGCGGACAAGUCUGGUGAUGUCUAUUCUUACUCAAUAACAGAACCCCAGGCAGAUGGAAAACUUGAGCUAGGUCACUUGUCUCUGCUACUGGAUGUUGCGCUGAGUCCUGAUGACCGAUACAUCCUAACUGCAGACAGAGAUGAGAAGAUCAGAGUCAGCUUGGCAAAGGCUCCGUAUUAUAUUGUAUCCUUCUGUCUGGGACACAGAGAGUUUGUAAGCAAAAUAUUUGUAAUACCCAACUGUCCUGAUCUGCUGUUGUCAGCUUCUGGGGACUCAACUCUGAGACUCUGGGAGUACAAAAGUGGUGAAGAAGUGUACUGCUGUCAUCUAAGUAGCAUCUGUGGGACUGAGACAGCCAAAACUGACCAG